UCUUGCAACGUUGUGCAGAUAUUCCUUUCUCCACCACUAGAGGGCAGUGAACACUUGUGUUUUUUAACUAACUACCUUCAAGCCUGAUAAAUUCUGAAUUUUAUGUUGCAUAGUCUAAUUUUGAUGAAUGUAAAGGUUGAAAGGUUUAUCUAUGUCAAGAUAAAAAAAAAAGCCAAGUGUUUAUCCUGAUAUCAAAUAUUAAAAGAAAGCUUGCUCUUGAUGAUAAUUUUUUGGGCAUGUUUCCUUCACACAGUGGGCUCUGUUAGUGUAAUUCGGAUUAUGCUCAAAUGGAAGGAGUGUCGUGUGAAAGUGUUGAUGCCCCUGUUUGGGCCGGCCCACACCCUCCCUCUCCCUCUCCACCUCAUCCCAUCCGCUCCCCGACCGUUCCUAUAAAAAUCCCAGGAAUCCCAUCUUGGGAACAAACAGUGCAGUGAGUCCAAAACUGAUCCAUCCAAGAUGACAGGAAUUACUCUACUUCUUUUGUGUCUGGUGCUUCCUCUUUCUGACACCAACGAGCAAGUUGUAAAUGAGCUGUUCACCCUGAUAGAAAAGGGCGCCCAGGAUCCCGCUCCAAGCAACCAGACCAGGAUGGUGGUCAAAGAGCACACCCUGCCCAUCAAUGAGCUCUUGGAGAAAAGCAGCAAGGCCAGCGAGUCCAAACUGAACUUCCACCCUCUGCCGCCCGCCGUGUGGCCAAAGCACAGCAACCUGGCCCCAGUCCUUCGCCACCACAGCCCCAACAACAAGAGCAAAAAGGGCCACAAGAGUGACCGUCUGACGGAGCACAACAGCGAGAAGAACAGGGGGGAAGUGGCCAGUCUCCUCCCCAAAGCCCAGCUCCCGGGGGCCACGAGUGCCGGCGCCAACCGCACCGCCCAGAAAACCCCUCAGGACGCCCAGACCCACGUCAGCCCCCCUCAGCAGGGGGAGCCUGAGGGACACCCCAACUCCAAACCCAAGAGUCCAGCUCAGACGCAAACCCCCACCCAGCCGCAUCAAACGGCUUCCUCGCCGCGCAGGGACCCCCCCAACCGACGGCAGGACCCGGAGGAGAACCGGCCGGGGAGGUCCGGCCUCCACCAGUCAGGAGUCAGCUCGGCGGCCUGGAACAACAGCCGCCCGCCGGUCUUUUUCAGCCGGCGGUCCUCCAGCCUGCUCUACCAGUUUGAUGUCCUGCGGCGAGAGUCUGACUACACGCACAAUGCUUUCUGCCUGACCGAGUGUAGGAAGGAGAAGGAUGAGAGGGAAUAUUACUGCUACAGUGAGUUUGCCGUCAACGGGAUCGUCCAUGACAUUGACGUUGUGAGGAAAGGGGUCCGCCUGAUCACGCUGAUGGUCAGCAACGACGGCUUCUACAAGAUGAGCCGUCUGUACAUGACCCAAGACAGCUUCUUCUUCAAGGUUCGCCUCCUGGUCCUGGACACCUACAAGUGCAGCAAGCCGUGCCCCGACAUCAAGCUCGGAGCCCGCUACAUCGUAAUGGGUCAGCUCUACCACCGGAGGCGCCACCUUCCCGCCGACCUCCUGACCCUGCUGGCUGGCAAGCUGAAGCCCGGGGACGGCCUCCUGUGCAGCAGCAACUACGUCAAAAGGUUCAACAAACGGAGACACCAGAAAGCUCUGGAGGCCGUAAGCUCCAGGUGUAGGUGAACCACGGAGCAGGCUAUCGCCCCCUGCUGCAGGGGAAGAGACUUUGCAGCCGAUCUCACCGAACUCUACGGCGUUGUGCAAGACAAAGGGUGCGCUGCUGAAGUGGAGGUGCUCUCAUAUGGACUGCUGCCACGGUUCAUCACGUCGGCUGUCUCUAUAAAGUACCGUCGAACUGAACUGGGGCCUCUUUGAUACAAGAAACUUUGACUACCUGGACUCCUCCUGCUGAUUCGGCACCGUCGAGGCUAUCUCCCGAACUCUACAACUCGAUUUACGCUCUUCAUGCAUUCAUGGCUGGCACAUGAAGUCCCAGAGUUGAAUAGUUAUUACUUUUCUAAAAUGAAAUGGGGAGAAGAGGCAAGAAACAGAUUGUUUGUUUAUUUCAUCCUCUUCUUCUUCUUCUUCUUCUUCUUCUUCAAAUUUGAGUAUCGGGAAACGUUUCACUCUGUUAUCACAAUGGGAUGUCCUAGACUCUGAACACAGAUGACAAAUUUUUGAUGUUGUCAUGAAUAUUUUAUUGGAAUAUAAUUUGCGCGUAGUCGUAAUCGUUUCGACAAUGGCUGGCGUGACUUCAAAGAACCGUACUGCGAUUAAGAAUUGGGUUAAUAGUUUAGACGGAUGAUGGAUAACGGACGAAGGGAGGAGGUUAAGGUCCAGACAAAGAAGCGAACAACAAAUCACAGCAGACAGUGGAGAGGAGCUUUAAGACAAAAAAGGAGGCCGGUGGGCGUUGAGGAACUUCAGCUGGUCCUGAGAGAGGUUCUGCUUUUCGCUAACUUUAAUCAUGCGUCCAAGAUCAGAGAGGCUGUGGUGGUGGUGGAGGUGCUGGGGUCCUAGCAGAGGUACAGAGGGAGGAGCCGUGGGUCGGCUGGGACCGAGCCACGAAUCUAAUCGCAGGAAUCUGAUCCUCCGCACACCUGGACGCUCAAAGAAGCCCCUUCAUCGCAGCUUAUUUCUCGAGAUGCUGCUUUCUCGCAUGCUGGAUCUGUUCGGGGGAGGCCAAUGCUCAGGGGGGAUAUAUUUGAGAAAUGUAGAAAGAGAACAGGAGGAGUGGGAGGGGGCAAAGGAGAUCAGCUACGUAUGUAAAAUCACCAAGAGAAGCUGAGCAAGAGAAGGGGUUUGUCUUCUUAGAGAAUCCCUGCCUCGACGGUAGCAAAAUCCUCA